AUGAUUACACUCUCGAUUCAAACGCAAACAAAUACGACACAAAUAUCACCGUUUAAUAAUCAUAAUCAAUUGCUUGAUUACCACUCAAAUGGUCAACAGGUGGCAUCAACAUCAUCGAACACUAAUACUCACAACGGUCAUUCAAUUGCAGGAUCACCAGCAGAUGGUCGCCUUCCACAUUCCGAUGAUGAUAAAAGAUCUUCAGAAACAAUCAAAACGUGGUCUAAAUCUGUAUUAUCAUCGUUGACAUUACCAUUUCUUGGUAAAACACAUCACACUCAAUAUACAACGGCUUCACCAUAUUAUCACCAACAACAACAACAAAAUGGUUAUAUAACAACAUCUGGAAAUCAUGGAGACGAUUCGUCUUAUCAUCAAGUAUCAAAGUCGGAUAUUCACACAGUAGAUUCACCAGAUGGAUAUGAUAACCAUACACGUUUUAUACCAUAUAACACUAACAAUAGUGAUACUAUUGUUACUCUUCCCGAACGAACUCGAUCAACACCAUCUAUCUCAUCGACAGACAGUGCAGCCGAUGUAACUUCGUUAUUACCAACAUCGCCAUCAACACCGGCUCCACUAUUUCAGCGUUUUGUAAAAGAACAUGCUAUUUGGAUACCAGUACUUAGUAUAUUUUAUUUUACAUGGUUCAUCUUUGUUGUUGGUAUUAUGGUUUUGCACAUUAUUGUUUACUUUGUGACAAUCAUACUAUAUUUUUUCAAUGACAAAACGCGUCGAUUCGUUUUAGCAUUAUUUAUCUAUUUGAUCUAUGUACUAGUGUAUGAUUCAAUGAGAGUUGUACCAAAUUAUUUAAUAUCAAAUAUCCAUACAGAAGAUGUUUACAAUAUUGAAAAAAAAUUAUUUGGUAUUUAUAGUAAUAAACGAUUAGUGACAUUCAAUGAAUAUUUUUAUAAUCAUCAUAUCGGUGUAUUAGAUGUAUUGACAGGUGUUCUAUACCUUAAUUGGAUACCAAUACCUCUGUUGUACAGUUUUUAUUUAUAUCGUUAUAAACGUAAACGUGAUUAUUUAGAUUUUGCGUUAACAUUUCUAUUAACGAAUAUCAUUGGAUUUAUUAUCUAUUAUAUUGUACCAACAGCACCUCCAUGGUAUAUUGAAUUAUAUGGUUUUGAAAUAAAAACAGAUAUUAGCGGAAAUCCAGCUGGUUUCACCUAUUUCGAACAAAUCACAGGUUUUAAAAUAUUUUCGAGCAUGUAUGCAAAGAAUGCCAAUGUGUUUGCUGCCAUACCAUCAUUACAUGCAGCCUAUCCAUUAUUAUGUGUACUCUAUGGAAAUUUAAGUAAAAAAUUAUGGUUACAAAUAUUUUUUGUGUUAUUCACAUUAGGUAUAUGGUUUUCAGCCGUUUAUAGUAGACAUCAUUACGUUUUAGAUGUUCUUCUUGGGGCAACAUGCUCGUUAUCUGCUUAUUUGAUCUACAAAAUAUUGUCAACAAAAGUACCAGCAGUAAUUAAAGUUUUAAAUAAUUAUGAAAAAAUUAUUUGA